AUGACAGUAAAUCAACCAGCGAACCCAGACUUCAUACAGAUCAAAACCACUCUGACGAAGUUACCAUACCCGCCACUGGAUGAUCGCUCGACUGUAAGAACAAAGCGUCUUAUUCUCAGGCCAUUCUACCAAGAUGCUGCAAAAGACCUUUUCCCCAUGCGCGCCCAGAAAGAGGUCAUGAUGUGGACAGCACAAGGCGCCCCGGACAAGUAUCUUGAGGAAACCGAGAAAUGGGCUGCACAAAGACUCCCACCGCACGACGAGACCAACUUGUACUACGUCAUCAGUCUCAUUGAAACAGGCGAAGUCAUUGGAGCUGGUGGCACAUACAGACGAGAGUGUGAGCUUGGCUGGCCGGCUAUUGGAUACGCGUUCCGCAAAGAAGCUUGGGGGAAGGGCUACGCUACCGAGUUUCUUGUCGCGUUUAUGAAGAUUUGGUGGGAGCUACCGCGGGCGGAGUAUUCUAUCGCUGUGGAUAGGACUACAUUAAGUGAUGAGGAGAUAGUAGCCAGUGUGAAUGGUACUAUUACGGAAAGGUGUGCUGCGGAGACUAUCAAGGAGAAUGGGGCAAGUAAGCGUGUGUUGGAGAAGGCUGGAUAUACGUGGGUUAAGGAAUGGAGGAAUGAGGAGAAGAAUUGGUCGAUCUAUGGAUGGGUAACGACCGCCGCGCAACUGCCUGCAAUUUAG